AUGCCGGCUGGUAGCUCUAUUUCUUCGCCUAAAGACGAUCCCAGAAGACCAAACAAAAUAUUUCGAUACAAGCCAGUACCUAACAAGCCUACAGAUGAUCCGACACCAGAAUAUAUGAACCUUCUAGGGAUGAUAUUUAGCAUGUGCGGUCUUCUCAUGAAGGUAAAUACCAGUCUUGUGAUGUCCGAUUCCUUUCUUGGUUAAAAGUGAACAGAAAUACAUGUAGUUAAUGCAAAGAUCACGCAUGUCCUGUAUAGUACCUACACUCUAUAAAUACCAGGCCUUCUAGCACCAAUGGGCAACUGCAUUUAAUGCCCGCACCGCCCGGUUGAGGAACCAUGGAAUUCUUCAGGGAUAAGUUAUAAAAACUGAGGAUUUCUUUAGGGGUAGAGUGAAAAAAAUAUGGACUUCUGUGGGGGUGAAGCUCUAACUUUCACGAAAUUCUUCAUGGUUAGUAGCCAUAUUCUUCAGAGGUAAGCCCACAUUUUAUGGAAGUCUUCAGUGGUGAACCCAAUUUUAGUCAAUCUUCACGGGUGAGAAGAGAAGGUUAGUCCUCAACCGGGCGGUGGGGGUGGGGGCAUGGAUAUUAAAUGCAUUAUCACGAGUAUGAUCACCCAUUAAAGGGAAAAUGCUUUGAUCUUUUGACAGUAACUGGUCAAGUGGCCUGAAAGUUGUGUCCAUAGAAACCAGAGUUACAGUUUGUUAGUCCCCUGAAAUGCCGAGUUAUGUCACCCCAUUUUUUUCGGGUUAAGUGCACAGAGAAACAAAGUUAAUUUCUGUUAAAUAAAGAGUGUAUGUUAAUUUAUCUUUUUCUUUAAACCAUCAUGAGACGAAAAAAGUGGAAUGAAUGUGUAACAUACCUCGUAACGUUUUUAGCGAUAAUGAGACGAAUCAAGUGGUAGAAAUGUGUAAUAUAUCUUGCUCUUUAACCCUUGAUUAACAACAAAACAAGCACAAUAUAUGAUAAUGUAUCUCAUUCUAUAAGUGCACAGAGGUAAUAGGGAUGGUAGGAUAUUGUCGAGCAUGAUAAAAUUUCAAGCCACAUAACUCAGCAUUUCGGGCAACUUGACUAAACCUAUUGGCUGACAUAACCCUGAUUUCAGUUGACACAACUUUGGGCAAGAUGACUUUCAGGCAACUUGACCAUAAACCCUUUCAAUUAAUUCUUUAAGAAAGUCCAUCUGGCAAUUUUUUUGUUGUUGUUGAUUUUUGGGAGUCAAUGGGUUAGUACCAUAACCUAAACUGUGCACAUUUCCUGUUCAAUUAGUUGAGUAUAAAUGAGGCUUGGAACAACUGAAGAUACAUGUACCUCUCACUGGCCAUUUUUAUUAGUAAUGGUAACAGGACUGAGUGUCGUCCAAUUUGGUCUGCAAUCAUAUGAGUGAUUAACAAACUUAAUCACGAGUACGACUACAGACCGAAUUGGACAACACAAAGUUCUGUUACCAAUUAAUCAUAACUUUAACAAAAUUUGUGAUAUAUAAGGCUCUUUUUGUAAAUCAAAACAGAAGAAAUUCCUUUUUUUUUUUGCUAGCAGUGAAAAAAAGCCAUUUAAGCGCACAUGUGAUGGCGCGUACUGUCCAAUUACUUAGGCAUGACACUUACUGUCCCAUUAAAUUGUCCUAUUAAGGCUGAAAUCAGGGUGGUUGAUAGCCAAUCAGAUUUAAGAAAUUUGGUAUAGUUAUGAUAAUUAUCAUUAUCGUUAUUAUUUUCAUUAAUGUAAUUAUUUUAUUAGCUCAAGUGGGCAGCAUGGGCAGCGGUCUUUUGUUCUUUCAUCACAUUUUCGAAUUCACGCUCAUCUGAGGAUACCAAACAGAUGUUUAGCAGUUUUUUGUAAGUAGUAAGAUCACCAUUCAAUUUAAUAAUAAUUAUUAUUAUAAGUGUUACUUUUAUAAUGCAAUGGCAGAAUGAGCAGUUGGCAAAUCUCUCUUCAUCCUCUAGUCUUCCAUAUUGAUUUCAAAUUUUAGUUUUGAAGGUUAAUUUGAAUAAUCCCUCUAGCCUGCAUAUAGCAGGUGAUUCUUUUUUACAGUGUUUUUUGUUCAUAAAGUACUGAAUACAGUGGCCCCAUACUUUCUAAACAACAAACAAAACCAGGCACACCAAAAAACCCUGCUUUUUUUGUUUACUUCCUGUAAACAAGAAAAUAAUUCAUUAUAGAAAAAUAAUUUUAGAAGAAACUGAAAGAACAUUUUAAAAUUAAAAAACUUGGAAAUUUUCCCAAUUCUUCCAGUACAGUAGGUUGGAAAUCAAACAGCUAGUGAUUUCGUUAGGUUGAAUUUUUUUCCCCAUGGAAGUAGCUGGGGGUGGCCUUUAUCAUAGCUAAGAGAAAUCCCCUCCAGUUCCCCCAACCCAAACCAAGAUGUACACAUGUACUUUGUGCUAAAAAUUAAUAAAGUAAUAAUAAUAAUGAUGAAAAUGUAAAUAGCUAACUUUGUCUCAUAUUUGAUUUCAGAUUAUCUGUGUCAGCAGUUGUAAUGUCAUAUCUACAGAAUCCACAGCCAAUGGCUGCAACAUGGUAGCAUGUGGACAGUAAACAGUCAGUCACAUCAAUAAACAUUUCAACAGUGUCAUCAUUUGUUAGAAACUUAAGUGUUUUUACGAAGUUGUGAAUUUCAAAGUAUCAUUGGCCAAUUCAGGGCUCCAAGUUAACUUUUAAGUGCACUUGCAAAGUUUUGCCAGUAAGAUUUUUUUUCCACUAGCAAACUGGUGAGACCACUACCAAAUUAUUUCCCUUUGUUUGGGAGACAUGGAUGAUUCUAACUUGCAAACGUUUGCUAGUGGACAUUUUUUUCACUCCCAGAUUAUCAAAAUCCCUCGCAUUUUGUGAGCUUGUGAAUAUUAAUUUCAAGCCUUACAAGUUCUGAUUGUUGAAAUAGCUUACAUGUUAUUGUCAUCAAGGUAGAGUGCAAGAAUACGUGUUAUCCAAUGGUCAGUCUAUACUUGUCAAUUAUUGUCCACUGAAUUUAUUGAACUACAUGUAAAACAGACAUUGUAUACAAAAUAAUGUUUGCAUGUCUUCCUUUUCUUUUCCUGGAGAGUUGUAUGGGCCCAUAUGUAGAACCACCUUUUCAUUUGUGCUACGUUUGUUAUCUCGUCCUUGUGAUAUUUAAUAGUUAAACUGAAUCAUAAUUAUCUAGCACUGAAUUGUGUGAUUGCAGUCUGCAAUGUUGCAUCCUCUUGUAAACUGCUAUUGCUUCACCUAUGAUCACACAGAGAUUGUCUAGACAGACAUUCAUCUCUGUCCUCGAUUGCAUCAAAGGUUGAUCACCGCAGAAGUAUUAAAACACAAACUGAAUGUUUUAAUCAAUAUCAGUUUCUUUCCCAAAGUUGUUAUCUCUAACGGAAGUCUUUAUCUUAUUCUAUGUCUUCUCAUUCGCUAAGAGCCUUUUCACCCCAAACAAGGGAAGUAAUUGUCAAAGUUAAACAUUGCGUACUUUCCUUUCCUUAUUGCCGUUCCCUAAAUUCACCAUUUUCUUUUUAUGCCCUGGGCAUUAUAGCUGUCCCUAGAGAAUUGAAGGCAAUGCUAAAUCUAAAAUUUUGGGAGGUAUACAAGGUGUCUUUCAUGUAUAUGGGCAACGUGAAAAUCGUGGAUUUUAUUAUAUUUAUUUCAUUUAGUGAUGACGCAGUCAUGUUUUUGGAAACUCAGUUUUGACCUCUCUCUGAUGCGAUUCCAAAACAACACAAAAUCGAACGUAGAGGGAAAUGAGCGUAAAAGAAACCAGACUAAACGGCGCUCUGUUUUCGUAAACAAGGUGUACAUGUAUUAUGGGCAAUGUGAGAGAAAGAGUCAAAAAGAAAGAAAACUUAUCAAGGCCUCUUUUCAUAAACUUGUGUUUCAUACUGCGGUAGUUCAAUAAAUGUUAUUUGAUUAUA